AAGAGAAGAAUUUUUCUGUGAAGAUGAAGACUAGUCAAAGAAUUUUGUAUUUUCUGUUACUAUCGUUGGGAAUUUGUGAAGUGCUGUCCAAUCCAUGGAAAAUUUUAGAGGAUUUGCAUCGGGAACCACCUCCUCCAACUCCCAAAAUCGACCCUAGAGUUGUAACCGAAGAAUGGAUUGAACAAAAAUUGGACAAUUUCGACGAUAACAACAAUGCCACGUAUCAAAUGAGAUAUUUGGCUAAUGCUGAGUUCUACCAACCUGGAGGUCCUAUAUUCAUCUACGUGGGAGGUGAAUGGUCAGUUUCACCUGGAUGGAUCACGGGAGGUCAUACAUUUGACAUGGCUAGAGAAUUGAAUGGAUACCUAUUUUAUACGGAACACCGAUUUUAUGGUCAAAGUCGUCCAACACCUGAUCUUUCAUUUGAAAACCUUCAAUAUUUGCAUGUCAACCAAGCCCUAGCAGACCUCGCCCACUUUAUCGAAGUUAAGAAACAAGAGAUCCCCGGUGCUUCAAGUUCAGGAGUCAUUCUUGUAGGAGCCUCCUACUCAGCGACGAUGGUAACUUGGUUCAGACAGUACUAUCCUCAUUUAAUCAAUGGAGCGUGGUCUUCCAGUGCACCUCUCCUAGCCAAAGCGGACUUUGUUGAAUACUUCGAGACUGUGGGUGAAUCAAUCAGGAUUGUUAGUGGAGAUGAAUGCUACAACCGUCUGGAUGGAGCCUUUAGGGAAGCAGAACGAAUGAUAGAAGCUGGAGAAUUUGCUGCCCUAUCUGAAUUGUUCAACCUAUGUCAACCUCUUACCAACAACCAACUUGAUAUUUGGAACUUCUUUAGUAGCCUUUCGGGAUUGUUAGCCGGCGUAGUUCAGUAUCACUGGCCGGGAGAUAUUGAAGGAACUUGCGAAAUCAUCAUGAGUCAAGAUACCGACAUUGAUGGAUUUGCUGAGUAUGCUCGGAGGAGAAUGGGUGGAUGUUGGUCAGCUGAAUACGAAUAUUUCGUUGAAUACUACAGUCGAACUCAAUGGACCAAUAAUAUCAUGCGUCAGUGGCUCUUUCAGACUUGCAAUGAAUACGGAUGGUAUCAAACCUCGGGAUCUAACAACCAACCAUUUGGAUCGAGUUUCCCCAUUGAUUUCUACUACCAAUGGUGCACUGACCUCUAUGAUGAAUCCUUCUACAACGACUCAAUAAACUACAACAUCUACGUCACUAAUCUCAAUCAAAACGGAAUGAACCCAAUUAUUACCAACGUCUAUUCAACUCAUGGACAAUUGGAUCCAUGGAGACCAAUGGGGGUACAAGAAAACGUCAAUUCUUUCGCACCAACAGCCGUCAUCCCUAUGGCAUCACAUUGUGCAGAUUUGUAUUCUAUAAGCGAUGAUGACAGUCCUGAAAUGCUGGCCAGCAAGCUAAGAACAACAUCCCUUGUAAGGCAAUGGUUAUUUAUAUUCUAAGAUAACAGACGAUCAACGAUUCAAAAACGAUAAGCUUUUAUGUGCAAACUCAGAUGAUGUUGAUUUUGUGUAAAUAAAUUUUGUUAAGUAAUUAACACAA